AUGAGCCUCACUAUGCACGAUACCACGAUCCACGAAGGUCCAGUAUCGCUGGAGCAAAUGCCUAUAGAAGUCCUGGAGUUCAUACUCAGCAAUGUUCCGAGUAUUGAUACGCUUUGGAAUCUAUUACGAGCAUCACCCAGGUGCUGGCGCAUUCUUGCUACCGGCUACGCUUCGAUUACCGAAGCCGUACUAUCAGGGCCAAACUCGACCACGCCGUUAUUCUUUAGAGAACUUAUCCGAGUAGUGGCACUUGUGCGCAUGCAUAAAUUUCCCUUUGCGAAUCUCGAAGAUUUUAGGGGGAAUUUCUUAUACCGUAUAGCCCACCCCGAUAAUUGUUAUUGGUAUCACUAUGCCAGUGAGGCACACAUAAUCUUCGGUCCAAACUCUUUACCAGACUCGCCCGAUGCCAUAACUUCCGUCGUCGCGACAGGUUACCACAUUUCGGCUUUGGAGCAAUCUUUGCUAGCAUCUUGUUUACAGCGACUGGAAAGAGCAAACCUCUCAUGUUCACUUCCUGCUCACGGUAUGGGCCAGCCGACAUAUAUUGAAGAAAUGAGAGCUGUCCGGGCCUUGUAG